UGAAACUUGGUUAUCACGAAUAAAAAUUAUAACCUUUGAUAAAAAGUGAGUUCUCUUGAUAAUCCGAUAAUUAAGGACAAAUAAUUUAUAUAAUUAAUACGCAUUGAUCGUACAAAAAAGUCGUUUUUUACUAAAAUAACAACAAUUAUGGCAGAUACAGCAGGAAAGGUUAUUAAAUGUAAAGCAGCAGUAGCAUGGAAGGCAAAGGAAAAAUUAUCAAUAGAAGAGAUUGAAGUAGCUCCUCCUAAAGCUCAUGAAGUACGUAUUAAAAUAGUAAAUACUGCUUUAUGUCAUACGGAUUCUUAUACUUUAGAAGGAUUAGAUCCAGAAGGUAUAUUUCCAUGUAUCCUUGGACACGAAGGCAGCGGUAUAGUUGAAAGUGUUGGAGAAGGUGUAACAGAGUUCAAACAAGGUGAUCAUGUUAUUCCUCUUUACAUACCGCAAUGCGGAGAAUGUAAGUUUUGUAAAUCACCUAAAACGAAUUUGUGCAGUAAAAUUCGUGCAACUCAAGGAAAAGGAUUAAUGCCUGAUGGUACAUCUCGUUUUACUUGCAAGGGACAAACGAUUGCUCAUUUCAUGGGUUGUUCUACGUUCUCUGAAUAUACCGUCGUAGCUGAUAUUUCCUUGGUAAAGAUUGACAAUACUGCACCAUUGGACAAAGUCUGUUUAUUGGGAUGCGGUAUCCCUACUGGAUAUGGUGCUGUGCUUAACACUGCUAAAGUAGAACCUGGAAGUACGUGUGCCAUCUGGGGUCUUGGAGCAGUUGGAUUAGCAACGGCAUUUGGCUGUAAAACUGCUGGAGCUUCGCGUAUUAUUGGAAUAGAUAUUAAUCCUGACAAAUUUAAGCAAGCUAAAACAUUUGGAUGUACCGAACUGAUCAACCCUAAGGAUCAUUCUAAACCGAUUCAAGAAGUUUUGGUAGAACUCACUGACGGAGGACUUGAUUACACAUUUGUUUGCGUUGGAAAUGUGCAGAGUAUGCGUGCUGCUUUAGAGUCUUGUCAUAAAGGAUGGGGUAUGUCUGUAAUCGUUGGUGUAGCCGCUGCCGGUGAAGAAAUCAGUACCAGACCUUUCCAGUUAGUAACCGGACGCUCAUGGACAGGUACUGCCUUUGGUGGUUGGAAAUCCAAAGAAAGUGUUCCUAAGCUAGUGAACGAGUACAUGUCUAAGAAAUUACUACUUGAUGAAUUUAUUACUCAUAAUUUACCAUUUGAACAAAUUAACGAAGCUUUCGAACUUUUGCACUCUGGAACAUGCUUGAGAGCGGUUCUCAAAUAUUAAAGCAUAGUGCUGACUUUACCGAUGUGUAUAUCCAUCCACUCUUCCUGCUCCUCAAGCCUCUUCAACGUCCUUCACUUUAGAAAAAUGAAACUAUGUUCCAUCUUCAAUGUAAGAGGUAUUCUACAAGUACACCAUCUACAAGUAAAAGGUAUUUCCAACGAAAAGUAAGAAAUUUCUACAACAAUCUUUAUUCAUAAAGAAUUCUUACAUUCACAUUUACAAUACUAACCAAGUGAGAUAUACUUUAAUGGUAGCUUCGAAAAGAAGUAAAAAUUCUUUACGGUUCGA